AUGACCGGCACCGACAAACUUAUCAUUUUCGACACUACUCUCCGUGACGGUGAACAGUCCCCUGGUGUUACUUUGAAUACAGAGGAAAAGAUUGAAAUCGCCAAACAACUCUCACGUCUCGGUGUAGAUGUGCUUGAAGCAGGUUUUCCAAUUGCUUCUGUUGGUGAUUUUGAAGCCGUACAACGGAUUGCCAGAGAAGUAGGACCCUUGAUGGACGGAAGAGAGAAAAUUGGUCAACCUAUGACAAUUUGUGGUCUUGCUCGCUCUACGCCAGGUGACAUCAAGCGCUGUGCAGAAGCAAUUGCUCCAGCUCCACGAAAACGUAUCCACGUCUUCCUUGCCACAUCCGAUGUUCACUUGAAAUACAAAUUAAAAAUUGACCGUGAAGAGUGUGUCAAGCGCGCCGUUGCUGCUGUCACUCUUGCUCGCUCGUUUGUAGAUGAUGUUGAGUUUUCUCCAGAGGAUGCUGGUCGCUCCGAUCCCGACUUCCUUUGUACAGUUCUUGGCAAGGUUAUUGAAGCCGGCGCAACCACGCUCAAUAUUCCCGACACAGUAGGCUAUAACACGCCUGAAGAGUAUGGCAAACUCAUUCAGUAUCUUGUUGAAAAUACACCAGGAGGAAAAGACGUCGUAUUCUCUACGCAUUGUCAUAACGAUCUCGGCUUAGCGACAGCUAACACCCUGGCUGGUAUUGCAAAUGGUGCAAGACAAGUAGAAGUAACAAUCAACGGUAUUGGUGAACGUGCUGGUAACACCGCUAUGGAAGAAGUCGUCAUGGCCAUCCAUACGCAUCCCAAUUAUUUCCCUGUUCACCAUACUAUCAAUACACAACUCAUUUACCGCACAUCACAGAUAGUCUCCUCUCUUUCGGGUAUGAUUGUUCAACCCAAUAAAGCCAUUGUUGGCCGUAACGCGUUCCUUCACGAAUCAGGUAUUCAUCAAGAUGGAGUGCUCAAGAAUCGCCAAACUUACGAAAUCAUUACACCUGAAACAGUGGGUGUUACCGAUAUCAAUCUCGUACUUGGUAAACAUUCUGGCCGCAAUGCCUUCCGUGAACGUUGUAAGGAACUUGGUUUCGUUGAUAUUCAAGAGGCUGAUUUUCAACGUGCCUUUAAUGAAUUCAAGGCUCUAUGUGACAAGAAGAAGAAUGUCAAUGACGAAGAUAUCCUUGCUAUUUUGACAAACCAAAUCAGUGCCAAUGUUAAUACCUCAUUCUACACUCUAACAUCAAUUCAAGUGGUGGGUGGUGCAGAAACAACAUCUAUGGCAAGCGUGAAGAUAUUUGAUGUGAAAGCAGAAAAGGAAUUGAGUGAUGCGGCUGUAGGAAUCAAUGGACCCAUUGAUGCAAUAUUCGAGGCUAUACAGCGUAUCAUCAAUCGCCGUUUCCGUCUCACCAAAUUUGACAUUAGUGCAGUAGGGGAAGGAAGCGACGCCUUGGGCAAAGCUGAAAUACAAAUAAUGGUAGAUCCUGCUACUACUGUAGUAACAAACUCAGAAACUGUUCCUGAUGAACGCGUUAAGAAGUCAGCUUUCAGUUCUUGUAUUGCCGAUGUUGACAUCAUGACUGCCGCUGCUAAGGCUUUCAUUGCUUCGAUCAACAAGCAGCUAGUAUAUGAAAGUGAAUUGGCUGCUGGCACUGCUCGUAAUUUUGGUGACGAACGCAAAGUGAAUGUUUAA